AUGAAUUUAAAUAAUGAUGCAUUAAAGUCUUAGGAUUAUGCUAAAUCUCUCGAUGAGAUCAAAGAAUCAUAUUUAAAUACAAGUAAGGUUCUGGAUCUCCAUUAUAUUGAUCAAUCUAAUGAUUCAAAUAACUUUGCUUCGUUCUAUGCAUUAAAUCGGCUUAGUAAUCGUAUAGAAAAUAGGGCCUCGUAUAUGCAAAACUCUAAAUCUGUGAGGCUGAUGAAAAAUUACAAAAACCACAAAAUUAUAAGAACUGUUUUUUUUUACAUAUAUUUAAUAAUUACAGUCUUUUAGCGUCCGACUUGGUGCAAUUUUGUUGACUAUUAAGUAAAAGCUAUGAUAUUUUAGGAAUACUGCAGCAUAUAUAAUGGAUAAAGGAUUCCAAAAAUAGUAGAUUUUUAUCUUCCCGUAAACUUAUAUUAUUGCAUUGAAAUAAUGAUCGUUUUAUAUCUUUGUUUGAGCAAAGUGUUCAAAGCCACAAUAAUCUAGUCACGACAUCGCAAAAGAAUCGCAAUGGUUUAAUUCAUGAUUAUGUUGUUGAUCAUUUUUAAUGACAUCACAGUAAUGAUACUAGAAAAUAACUUUCCCUUCAAUAUCAGUUUAUUAAUGAAAUCAAUAUUUAUAAUACUUUAAAAAUAAACAUUACGUUCCACGAUAUUUCAUUAUUGUUAAAUACUUAACAAAGGAAAAGAGAUCUAUUAUUUGAUGAUAUUUUCUCUAAUAUUUUUUACUGGGUUAGGAUCAGCCAUAUUUAAGAAUAAGAAUACCCCUCAAAUUGAAAGCAAAAAAUGCAUUGUAAUUAUUCUAUUUGUACUUCAAACAACAGUUAAUUAGCCUGAUAUCUAUUUACCAUAUUAUGGUUAGUCUAGGGCUAAUGUGGCAUAUUUUAUCAUAUUUUAAUUCAUAAACACUACAUUGAUCAUAAAUUUAGUGUUGGCCUUCUUUUAUUCAUCUUACAAAGAUCUGAUGCAAAAAGAAACAAAGUAAAUUUUAUCCAAGUACAAUCACAGAUUUAGUCUUUAAACAUAGAAAUUUUUUCGAAAGAGAACAGAGUCUGAUAUCACAAGAUUAGCAGACAUUUCAUAAUAUGACAAUGUAAUAUCCAGAUCGAUAUACAAAAUUUUAGAUAAUAAAUUUUAUGAAAUUUUUAUUGAAAUCAUUUCCUUAAUUUCAUUUGUGGUGAUAUUUUUCAAAAUUACUAACGUCAAAUUAUAUAUACUUUUGGUUUGCAAUUCAAUAAUGUUUGCGGAAUGCCUCUUACUAUUAUGUUAUGUAGGUAAAAGUAGGAUUUGGAAGAAGAAAUCGUUAAUUGUUGAAUUUCUAUUUUCAAUUUCAAUUCUUCUGUUAAUUAUAUUAAACAUACUUGGAUAUAAUUAAUUCAGAGCGUUACUGAUUUUAUUAUGUUAUAGAUUAUUGAGAGGAUGUAAAUGGAUUUUAAAGAGUAAUAGUUUUACCAAUUUAAUAAUUUCAAUAACAUCGAUCUUUUAGUAUAUAGUGUAAUUGUUUGGAACUUUAUUUAUCCUAUUUAUGCUAUAUACAGCCCUUGGACAAUUACUUUUUGGAGGAAAAGUCCUAUAUUCUGAUGAGGAUGAAGUUCAUUAUGAAUUAGCAAACUUUAACGAUUUUUUAUCUGGAAUGUGCACAUGUUGGUUUUUAUUGAUUAUUAAUAAUUGGAAUGUAAUUUCUUAUAAUUAUGCCAAAAUAUUUAAUACUGAUUUAGUUUACAUAUUUUUUAUUAGUUUUUAUAUAGUUGUUGUAUUAUUUACUCUUAAUGUUACUAUGGCAUUAUUGAUUGAAUACAUAGUUUCAAAGAUACACCCUAAAAAAUAGACAGAUGUGUCACAAUCAGAACCUUAGGAUGAGUUGGUUUAGAAUUAUUAAAUACAGAAAUGA